CUCACUGAUUUUUGCCUCAAUCUUUCCAUGCUGACGGGAUGUUACGGGCUUUGCUGCUUUUAGUUUCUGUAGUUGCCAUUGCUCAUGCUGAGCUCUGCAAGCCAGAUGCACAGAAUGCUUUCAAAGUACGGAUUAGUAUCAAAACAGCUUUGGGAGAUAAUGCAUACGCCUGGGAUGCUAAUGAAGAGUACCUCUUCAGAGCAAUGGUGGCUUUUGCAAUGAGAAGAUAUUCUAGCAAGAGCACAACUCAAAUUUCCAAUGUGCUGCUCUGCAACGUGACAGACCGAGUGUCCUUUUGGUUUGUGGUCACAGAUUCUUCUAAAAAUGUAACAACUGUUCCUGGAAGUGAGGUGGAAGCAGCCAUCAGGAUGAACCGGAACAGAAUCAACAAUGCCUUCUUACUGAGUGACAAGACACUGCAGUUCCUGAAGAUAACAUCAACCUUGUCACCUCCUGUUGAACCCUCUACACCUGUCUGGAUUAUUGUAUUUGGUGUUGUUCUUUGUCUCAUUGUGGCUGGGAUUGUUUUCCUCAUUGUUUCAGGGAUUCAGAAACACAAGAAAAAGAAUAAAGAGUCAACAGAGAGAGAAAAUUUAGAAGAGAAAGUUGAAGUGACACUAGAAAAUGGGAUUCCUUGUGAAGCACUGGAUUUAAAAGCAGGCCACAUUAAUGGAGUCUUUGCAGCAGAUGAUGAACGGUUCACGUCCCUAUGAAAUGCUGCCACUGCUCUCUGGUGGUUUUCUGAAAGACUCCUGUGCCUGACUUUUCUCUUCACUACUCCUGAAUGUCAAACAUGAAGACAAGAAAAAUGUUCAUUCAUGUAAUUUCCCUUGAGAGAACCUUUUACUUGGGUGAACCUCCAUUACAGUUCUUUUUCAUGAGCAAUUCAAAUAAGAAGGCCUCAGAUAAUGUCCAGAAAAGAUUUCCAGAAGAUGUGUGGCAGAACAGAGUUGGAACUUGCCUUCUGCCAGGCAUCUCAUUUUUAAUAAUUAUUUAAAUAUAUCCAUUGUUUGUUCUUUCCUGACAUAAAUGUGAAAAUGCAUUAUUCCUGAAUGUCACUGGGGAGAUUAUCUAUCAUUGUCAACUCUUGAUGGGUUUGUUUUUCAAGCCAUAUGCAAAAGUUUCUCUAUAAAAUUCUUUCUGUUUGCUCCUA